CAGGGUCUCCAGUUUCCGCUUCCGGAAGGAGGGAGGGGUGGCCACCGGCCGGAGUGGGGUGGGGGGUCCCCAUUAGAGAAACUAGAAGCGAGAUGGUCCUGAUCAAGGAGUUUCGGGUGUUACUGCCCUGCUCCGUGGAGGAGUAUCAAGUGGGACAGUUGUAUUCCGUGGCCCAGACCAGCAAGAAUAACACGGGGGGCGGUGAGGGCAUCGAGGUCCUCAUCAAUCAGCCCUACGAGGGGGGUCCUGGUGAGCGGGGCCAAUUUACCCACAAGAUCUACCAUCUGCAGAGCAAGGUUCCAGGAUUUGUUCGCCUGUUCGCCCCUGAGGGUUCCCUGGUGUUUCAUGAGAAGGCCUGGAAUGCCUACCCGUACUGCCGCACUGUCAUCACGAAUGAAUAUAUGAAGGAUGAUUUCUUCAUCAAGAUUGAAACCUGGCAUCAUCCAGACAUGGGGACUCAGGACAACGUUCACCAUCUUGAUGCAGAGACAUGGAAGGAGGUAGAGGUGGUUCCUAUUGACAUUGCUGAUCGGACGCAAGUGUCUGAUGAGGAUUAUAAACCAGAAGAGGACCCUGCUCUCUUCAGGUCUGUCAAAACAGGACGUGGCCCUUUGGGACCCAACUGGCAGAGGGAAUUGUUGAAACAUCCACCCCACAUGUGUGCCUACAAACUGGUGACUGUCAAGUUCCGAUGGUGGGGGCUCCAGGGACGAGUGGAGAGCUUCAUCCAUAAGCAAGAAAAGCGGCUCUUCACCAACUUCCACAGGCAGCUGUUCUGUUGGCUGGAUCAGUGGGUUGAUCUGUCCAUGGAGGACAUCCGGAACCUGGAGGAGGAGACCCAGCGAGAACUGGACCAGAUGCGGAAGACGGGACCAGUGAGGGGCAUGAGAGCCAGUGAUGACUGAGACCUCAGCCAGACCUGGGCAGUAGUGAGUCAUCAGCAAGACCAUAUUCAGGCCAGUUGUUUAGAGUGCACGAGCCUACUUUAACUCCAGUGUGAGGAUGCUCAGGGUCCAGACUCUACAGGUUGGUAAUUGCAGGUGCCCAGCAUAGUUUCAGAGUGCAGUCUUGUCCAGCUUAGGAGGUAAGUCUUAGAGAUUUCAUAGGUUGGGAUUCUUUUUUCUUUAAAAUUUUUUUAAAAAUAUAAACAUAGUAGCCAUCAAUAAAACCAAAUAUUCAUAUAUGUGAACAAAACUUUUCUUAAUGAAGUACCUAAAAUUCCAGUCUACCAGACCUGGAUUCUUCUACCAAGUUCCCCUCAUACCAGCCCCGUUGUGAUUUAGGGUCAUAUCUGCCCUGCUCCCUGAGAAAUUUGUUCUUUUUAGUUCCCCUUGCUUCUGCCCUCAGCAAAAGGCAGAGCUCUGUUUCCAAGUUCUCUGUCUCCCAACCUCAGAGGAAAUAGGCCCUUUCUGCCUGGGUCUCCGGGCAGUCUGCCCCAAAAGGAGGCUUCUGAUCAGUUAGACUCUGCUGGUCCCCCAUCCCCCUGCCCCUACUCCCUUCUGCUACUCUCCUGCCAAUUUUUCUUAUAUCAUCUCAUUUCUCUCCUUUGUUGCCCCCUGAUUAAUCCCAGUGUACCUUGUUUCAAAAUUAUCUUUUCACUGAUUAUUUACUCUCUUUUCUUUGGCAUACAUUUGUGUAUGUGAGCUCUUUGGUUUACUUAGAACAUACAUCUAAUCUAGGGAAGAUUCAGUAAAAACAUGAAUGGGAGGGGCAGCUAGGUGGCGCAGUGGAUAGAGCUCUGGCCUUGGAAUCAGGAGGACCUGAGUUCAAAUUCGGCC